AUGGCCAACGGGAGUGUACAACGCGCAGUUGACGUCAAAACUGAUUUGCUUGCUAUUCUUAAUGGUUCCCCCGAGCCAAUUGUCAAAGAGGACGAAGAGGAACUUAUCAGUCUAGAAAAACUUUCGAAGCGCUGUCGGAAAGAGGAGUUGCAAAAGCACUAUGCGAAUAUUAGAUUGAUACUGCAGUAUUCCAACGCCACGCCGAUCGGGCGGCACGGCGGCAUUGGAUACAUGUGCAGUUUCUGUGCAGACCAGUAUUCGGAGCCUGCCGACCUGAAAAGGCACACCUUGGAAAAUCAUAAAGGCAUCAGCACCGCCAGCUUUACCAGGAGGCACGAUCUGAACAGCUACUGCGUGAAACUGGACAUAACGGGCCUGAGGUGCAAGCUGUGCCAGAGCGACAUCGCCAACACCGAACAACUGAUCGAACAUCUGCAGAACCACCACAAGGAGAAUCUGCACACGGACAUAAAGAGUCACAUCAUAUCGUUCAAGUUCGACAGCGCCGACACACUCCGUUGCCACAUUUGUUCGAACGAGUUCGUCAAAUUCAAAAUGCUGUUAGAGCAUAUGAACAUCCACUGCCGAAACUACGUGUGCGACGUCUGCGACGCGGGCUACGUGAACCUAAGGAAGCUGAUGACCCACACGGAGGUCCACAAGACUGGCCUGUUCGCUUGCGAUUACUGCCCGAAGGUAUUCAACACCCUGCAGAAGAAGAAGUCUCACGAGAAGUGCGUGCACACGCACUCAAAUGUCCUCAACAAGUGCUGCCUCUGCGGCGAAACGUUCCGCGACUACAGGAAGAAGGAGGCGCACAUGAUAGAGGCUCACGGCACCCGCUCUCUAACACUCAAGUGUCACGCCUGCGACAAAACCUUCACCAGCCAGAAGGCGCACAGGAUCCACACGAAACGCGACCACCUACUGGAGAGGAGGCACGUCUGCACCGAGUGCGAAAUGAGGUUCUUCUCCUCGACCGAGCUUAAGGAGCACAUGGUGAAGCACACCGGAGUGAGGAACUACCGUUGCGGGGUCUGCUCAAAGUCUUACGGCAGGAAGUGGACCUUGAAGGAGCACAUGCGCAUCCACGAAGAUGACAAGCGUUUCGGGUGCGAGCACUGCGGCCAGGCGUUCGUGCAGAAGUGCAGCUGGCGGGGCCACAUGCGCGCGAAACACGGCGUUUUGUUGUUCAAU